CUCUAUCCUCUAUAUCCUAGUGUUGACCUGCGGGGGAGGACGGUGCCACUGCAUCGAUUAUCGGUCGUUAUUCCGCUAUUGCGUCCACCUCUCAUUGAAACCGCCAGACCUGAGUCCUUAUCCAUCCCACAAGAGAAAAGAAGCAAAAUGAGUUCCCCCGACCUAUCACCCGUCGGAGUCAAAUGGCCCCGCAAGAAUGAAAAACGCUCCGUCUCGUCCUCCACCACCAUCGCUGUUGUCCCGGAGUCGGAUGCCCUCCCUGCUCCUGCGACUGCCCACACGACACAGAAUGAUCCAGCGGAUUUCGACCCCAGCGUCGGUGCAAAGCCUUACUCGCCGUUCUAUCGACAUGCGACGCCGUCGAUCAGCUUGGUUAAAUUGAAAGCCAACGCGAAAGCCCCUCCGUCGCCCGGCGCCGACAGUCUCUACGACCUGGAAGAUCAAGCGGGAAACACGACGCAAGAAGCGAUGGGGCAGGACGGAAGCCAUCGGGAGUCGAAGCUUUGGGCACAGAAGAAGCGACGAUGCGGGUGCAUGAAGUCGCUAUCGAAGAAACAACGGCUGGUUUUGAAGGCCGUCAUUGCCAUCGGGACACUAGGGAGUAUGAUGGCCAUCGCGCUGGGGAUAACAGCCGCCGUGGGCGGAGGCGUAUGGCGAUCGGAUCACCAACACCGAGUUCUUGGAUAGGAGAGUUCCUGACGGGCGCAUGCGAUUCAUCCCCGGGGUUGCGGCCUUUGCUGGCAUGAAUGAGGGCCGGAGAGCUGCUGUUGGACAAACGGACGCAGGGGGAUACUGUUAGGCAGAACUCCGAUGUAAAUGUACUCGCUACGAGGGACUGUACAGAAGCGGGACGGGAUGGAAGCAUGUAUGCAGUCAGUGAGCGCGGUCGAAGAAAGACGAAUGAAGUUAUUCUUAGCUGCCAACGA